AUGCUUUCUAUACUGUUUUUUAUAUCUUUGUUUACUUUUGUUAAGGCUGAUGAUAAUUGGGAUGAUUUCACGAAUAACCUUGCUACCGACUUGGCUCCUUUAAUCACCUUGUUCGGCGAACGACUUACGAAACAAUUUCUAUCCGAGUCAAUCAGCACUCUUGAUAAUGUCAUAUUUGCCCUUUCACCACUAGGAGUCUUGACUGCCGUUGUGUCGGUGAUUAGGAUCUGCGGCAGUUCUUCCCUGAGGGCAUUCGUCGGACGAGCACAAGAAGGUCCUGCUGAAGCCGAAAGCGAACUUCUUCCUUGCGUCUCAGAAUCUACAGCUGAACUUUUCAACGAUGGCGGCAUUACACGAGUCUUUGGCCGACCCAAGAUCGUGGAGAUAGUUGCUUGGGAGAAUGUGGAGCAUAAUACUGGAGAAAAGGCGACAAAGAUUGGCACUUUGAAAGAUGCCCUUGAAGAGAAGGCUUGGUCUUGCAAUAGCAAAGUUUCACCCAGUGACCUGCCUGAACUGGAUAUUCCUAAUCUGUCAUUAAACAAGGGAAUCAAGAGGAGAGAUCAAUUUUGGUUUUAUUGUGCUGCAAUUCUUGGUGGUGUACUGCAGACUGGCACUAUUGUGUACGCUACACUCACGGUGUUUGUAUAUCCCCAGCAUUUCCAGAAAGACGACAAAGCUGUUGCCUCGUAUGCAUUCCCACUUUAUCUCAUCGGGACAACGCUUCUGUUUCUCGGAAUGUUCUUCUGCGCAUUUAUCAUGGAACGUUCCUCAAAAGAGUACUAUCUCAAAGCAGAAAAGCCAAGCAAGAUAUACUGGCUGCAGCCCGGUAAUCAAGAUGUGGGUGACCAGGUCUUCAAUGCUUUCUUGGCUGUCAAUGAAGGGCCUGACUCUUCAAUGACCAAGAAACUUCGUUAUAUCAAAUCUGUCAGAGAUCGAAGAUUUGAUAGGAAAUAUUUGGAGAUUUACUCUACCCUCGCGUCGACAAUUUUGGGAUUCAUCUUCCAGUUCAUCGGACUGAGAGGACUUCAUGCGUCUGUCAUCCUAGCCCAGCUGGGAUCGACAUUCUUGAUGUCAAUUAUACGCACUUGCUUGCGCACAGAAAGAAUGGCACCAAACGAAAAUAAGAUGAAAGACGACCGGGAACUUACAUCUCACAAGCAGCAAGAGAUGGAUUGUUUUGCAUUUUAUCUCGAGCAAGUAGAGUCUUUUGAGCUCGCCUCUAUCCCUGACCGGCCAGCAUGUAUGCCUUCACCGAGAUUCAUGCCACAUGUUGGAACCCCUUUGGCCAAAAACUUAAUUCGAACUAGGACCCAGCUCGCAAGGCUCACGACCAGCUCAAGACAGAGCUUGGGCGUUGACUGGAACGGGAUGCCCAUUCGUAAAAUGGCCUCCAGUCUUGCAGAGACUAUCGAGUCGACGAUGGAUUUGGUUUCUAGUUGGGGAGUCAACCUCGGAAAGACCUUCGAGUUUCAACUUGCCUUUACGUGCAAGGGAGUCUCUGCAGGCUCUGUCACUGAAGCUCCGGGAACAUAUUCAAUCGGUCUGAUGCGAUGCGGUGAUGCAUUGCAAUGGAAAUCGGAUGCCAGCGAGCUAGAAGCGAUUCUCGGCUUGUGGACUUGGUCGCUUUAUAAGUCAAAUGAAAACUGGCAGAACUCAACUCUUUGCCGUUUCAUUGGAUUAAGUGAAGACGAGGCAGGCAGAGAAGAAACAUUCCUCUACUUUCACAAAUGGAUCUUCAGGCAAACGGAGGCGAGGCUUGUACCAUCUGCAGGCUAUGGUAAUUCAUCACGUCUAUUUGGAUUCGAGCCAAAAAGUCUUUCAUAUGAUGGGAAAGUCCUGGCUGUCAGGACAGAGAAUGAGCUCGAAGCCAUGGUAGCGCAGGAUAUCUACAUUCAAUUUCUCAAGGAAUUGUUCCUUAACUUGCAUGAUCUGGGUGGGGAUGUUGAUGUUAUUCCCGGAUUGCAAAACUCAUUCUUAGCAUCCAGUACUCGAAUCGAUGAUCUCAUAAGUUGCUUUUUGAAUAGCAAAUUGGGCUCAAGGGAGGAUGCAUUGCUAUGUAUUGUUCCCGUCCUCAGACAUCGGCAUCUCUUACCAGAUCUAGCGGCAGAUUCGGCCAAGGUUAGGGCUCGCAGGGAGCAGUUUAUCGAGAAAGGUGAUUGGAAAAGUGCAUUUACACUUCUUCGCUGGAUCUGUUCACGAUCAGAGCGUUCCCAAUUUGAGCGAUCAGUCUAUGAAUUGGGGUUCCUUUGCCGUCGGGCACUUUUGAACACAAACAAACAUGUUUGCAAAGAAGGACUCGAACAGACAUGCGCGCUUCUCACAUCCGACAUCAUAGAUGAAUUUAUGAAAGCUCACAAAAACGUGUUGCCCUUACACAGGUCCGCAUCCCAUGAUCGUGUGGAAUGGUGGAACUCAUUCUCGCGCCAACUCGGAUGGAUUGCUUGGAACAUUUCGACCAAUGUUCCAGGCAUGGCAUUCUGUCAACCUACUUUGAGAGCGCUCAACGUGUCUGAGGAUCUGCAGGGAUCCCACGACCAGAACCAAGACCCAGAAGAAAUCCAAAAGGGCGUUCGAGCUCUGAAAGAUUGGCUCACAUUGCAUAAGCUCGAUGACAUUGAUCACGGAGAUAACUGCGAAGACGAAAAAAUAGGAUUCGAAUGGAUAAUCAGGAAUAACUUCCAUGCUUUGUUGCAUUUCCUUUUGUUGCGAUGGGUGGAGCUUAGCGACGAAUUUCCUCUCCUUGGUCGGAUGGGGUACAGUCUUGCAGCAAGUACUAGAUCUAACCGAGCACUUGACAUACUUCGCCGGCAGGGUGCGGAUAUUGAGAUAAUAGAUCCAAACAAUCGAUCACCGUUGCUUGAUUUGUUGCGUACCCAUGAUCUCGAGGGAUGUCGACUGCUACUGCAAAAUGGAGCCGACCCGAACGGUAACAUAGAACAGUUGGAGAUCAGUCUACUUGCAAUCGCUGCUCAUGAAGGCUAUGAUGAUAUUGUAGCAUUGCUUCUACAGUAUGGAGCAAACAUUGAGAUUACACAUCAUGCUGGUCACCGUGCUCUACACUGGGCAGCAAAGAAGAAUCGUCUUGAUACUGCCCGGGUUCUAUUAUCCCAUGGUGCAGAAAUCGACCCAUUGGGGUAUGACAACUCAACGCCGCUCCUAGUAGCCGCCAUGAAUAAUCGGGUUCAGAUGGCUGAAUUGCUGAUUAAAGAAGGAGCGAAUGUCAACGCUCGAGGUCAAUCCGGCAAAACCGCAUUGAUGCUAUCCAUGCAUGCAAAGAAUCCAGUCCCAAUGUUACAGUUGUUUGUGGAGAACGGAGCUAGUCUUGAUUUGCGUGAUCACGGUGGAUCAACGGUUUUAGAUCAUGCCAGAGAAUAUGGUUAUACCGAGGCAAUGUCAUUUUUAUGCCAGGUAUCAGAAGAAGGGGGUAUCAAAGAGCCAUGA